AUGCUUGAAAUGCUCAGCCGUACAAAUCAAAACGAAAGUACUCAACUGGAAUAGAAAAGCAAACAUGGGAGAGGUUGAGAAAAACGAAAGAAUAACGAAAGCUGGUCGAUUGUUGGUGGCGGCAAUAGAUUUUGGUACAACAUAUUCAGGAUAUGCCUAUUCAUUCAAACAUGACUGGGCAACAGUACACACGAACUCCUGGCCAGGCGAACAUCAGCUUUCGUAUAAAGCACCAACAGCCUUGCUACUGAAUCCGGACAAAUCUUUCAAAGCUUUUGGAUUUGAGGCAGAAAGCUUUUAUUCAAGUUUAACCUCUGAAGAGGAUGACCGAUGUAAGAAAUACUACUUUUUCCGACGCUUCAAGUUGAUUCUGAAAACAACACUUGAAGAGAGAGUUCACAGGAACAGCGAGUGUUCGGACAUCAAUGGAAAAAGUGUUGAUGCCAUGUCUGUAUUCAUGCACUGUAUAAAGUAUUUAAAAUCGCAUAUGUUAGAAGCUUUAAAUGAUUCUAAAAAAUUUGAAACAAAGAUUACAGACAUCGAUUUUGUAAUAACAGUGCCAGCAAUAUGGGACGAUACAGCUAAGAUGUUUAUGAGGGAAGCUGCCAUCAAAGCUGGAAUACCAGGGGACCAACUCCUUUUUGCUUUGGAACCUGAGGCCGCUUCUAUCUACUGCCAGCUGAUGUAUCUGGAGCCUCAGAACGAUUCCAGCUUUCGUGUAACUGAAACAGACUCUGAUGCAAAAUAUAUGGUUGUUGAUCUUGGAGGUGGCACGGCAGAUAUAACUAUACACCAAAUGCAGGAGACUAGAACAAUAAUAGAACUAACUCCUGCUUCCGGAGGACUCUGGGGUGGAACACGCAUUGAUGAGGAUUUUGGCGCCUUUCUCAACGAUUUAUUUGGCAAACAGGCAAUGACAAAAUUUCAAAAAGACAGUGCCGAAGACUUUUUUGACUUUUGGCAACGGUUUGAGGUCAAGAAAAGAUCAUUUGACUUUAAAAAAGGAACAGAAAAUAUCCAUUUACAAGUUCCAUUGGAAUUAUUGUCUACAAUCCAAACGAUUAAUAAAGAGAAAGAUAUAAAUAAAAUUAUAGAAAAAUCAAAAUGGAAAGGAAAAGGAAUCAAAUUUGCGCAGAAGAAAUUGCAUAUACCUACAACAAUUAUGAAAAGUAUUUUUCAGGCAACUACAGACGAAAUUGUCAAUCAUCUUAAGGUGCUUGUGAAAGGAGUUGGCAAAGGUUUGAAAAUUAUUUUGUUAGUAGGUGGAUUUUCGGAAUGUUCACUUAUUCAAAAUCAAGUUCGUGAAACGUUUGAAAUCAAAGGUCAAUGUCGAGUUAUAAUUCCAAACCAGUGUGGCUUGGCAGUUUUGAAAGGCGCUGUUUAUUUUGGACAUCACCCGGAUAUGAUAUCUGAACGUGUAGCAAGAUACACCUACGGAAUUCAGAUAUGGCCAAAAUUUAUCCAAGGGGAACAUAAAGAGGCAAAGCGGGAUGUCCGAGGUUCCGAAGACCGGUGUAAAGACGUAUUCUUUAAGUUCGUUACCAAGGGAGACCGAUUAAAAGCAGGGUUCAUUAAAAGUCACAUUUUCAGGGCAUUGAAAUCAGCCGAUGGUGACCUUGAAUGUGGCAUUUUCAUCUCAAACAAAGAAAAUCCUAAAUAUGUUGACGAAGAUGGUUGUGAGAAACUUGGAGUUCUGAAAAUUGACGUUGAAAGAGGGACGGAAGUCGAGGAGUCUCUGAUUUUUGGACAUACAGAGCUACAUGCAAAGGCCUGUAACUGCUCAACGAAAAAAGAAUACAGCGUCACUUUUGAUUUGCUGUCAGAGAAAAUCAAAUAUCCCGCCAAAAAUUAACCUCAGAUCUCAAAUUGAAUGAAUCAUAACAUUUAAAUAAAUGUUUGUGCAUGUGAUAAAGUUUUUUUUUCUACAAAUAGCUUAUGCUUAGAAUGUUGUACGGUGCGAAUAUGUGAUAUCAAACUUUACUUGUUAUAAAGGUACCUGUGAUACAAGAGAUAAGGUGAUAUUUAUAAGAGGGUUUCCGUUAUCUGAUAAAAGAUAUAUACAUGGUUAAAAUAUUUGACUUUGUCACUCCAUACAUUUUGUUGUGUAUUUAAUCAUUUUUAAUUUGUAUUUCUGCAAGAUAUUAAUUUACAAAAUAACCAUUUAUUUAUGAUUACAUGUAUGGUUUUUUUUUUGAAUUCACAUCAGAAUCUCCAGGAUUUUGUCAUGCACCUUUUAAAAUAACACAAGUUUCUUGUUGGUUUAAUUAUAUAAGCUUGUACAUGAUAUAUGUAUACAAUCCGCUGUCUUCGUUGUUGAUUUCAAAAAUUACACAAUAUUCAAAGGAAAUGAAAUCAUUUCUGUAGGUUAAUUGUUAAGCAAAAAUCUUUUUACUAAUUAUUCACUUAUACAAUGUAAUAUAGAUUGA